AUGAUCACCAUCGUACCAAUUAACAAAAUUAAUUAUUGUGAUCGUAGCCAAAUUCUGAUAUAUAUGUUGCCCGGAUUAGGGUUCUUUUCCGUCAAAACUGAAGCCCACCAGCAUAAAGCAGUGGUGAACUUGCGAAUCAAUAAUGCAGUAUUUGAGGACCCACCAGAGCUGACUGAAUCUACGAUGCAUCCGAGUCUGGACUCUGGAGAUUAA